AGCUUGGCGUGCUGUCAGUCCCUCUCAACCCCCAUCCCAUCCCAUCCCAUCCCAUCCCAUCCCAACCUCCAUUCCUUCGUCCCUUGCCAACUCUGAUCUCUCACCUGAAAAAUGUCAGCGUGAGUAGCCAUUCCAUCUGCACAGCACCUCGUCUACUAAACCUCAUUAGCAUUCACUCCAGAGUCCAGACGCACACAAAGGCCAGAGUCGGAGGAGAUGAUGAAGGCCAUGGCCGGUCCGAAGCUGCUCGUCGUCCACACGUCGUCGAACAAGGCCCUGAACGGGAUGGCGCCGGCGUCGCCCAUGCCGUUCCAUGGGUGGUCCCGGUGCAUGUGGCUGGUGGUCUUCUUGGCCUUGUUCACCUGCGUGUCCCUCCUCACCGUGUUCUCCACGGCGCGCGCCUCGGCCGGGGCGGCGUACCAGGCGGCGCCCUUCACGGCCAGCGCCGGCGCCGCGGAGGCUGGCCUGCCGCGGUACGUGUUCGACGCGCUGGUGCAUUACGCGGCGGCGGCGGGGAACUCGUCGUCGAGCAUGCCGGAGCCGGACGUGCGCGCGAUCGCGUCGGUGCUCCGGCGGCGCGCGCCGUGCAACCUGCUGGUGUUCGGGCUGGGCGCGGAGACGCCGCUGUGGCGCGCGCUGAACCACGGCGGGCGCACGGUGUUCCUGGACGAGAACCCCUACUACGUGGCGCACCUGGAAGGGAAGCACCCGGGGCUGGAGGCCUACGACGUGGCCUACGCCACGGCGGUGCGCGAGCUCCCGGACCUCCUCGACGCCGCCCGCGCCGCGCGCGCCGCCGAGUGCCGCCCCGUCCAGAACCUGCUCUUCUCCGAGUGCCGCCUCGCCAUCAACGACCUCCCCAACCAGCUCUACGACGUCGCCUGGGACGUCAUCCUCGUCGACGGCCCGCGCGGGUUCACGGAGGGGUCGCCGGGGAGGAUGUCGGCGAUCUACUCGGCGGCGGUGAUGGCGCGGACCAAGGGCACGGAGACGGAGGUGAUGGUGCACGACUACGAGCGGGAGGUGGAGCGCGCGUGCGGCCGGGAGUUCCUGUGCGACGAGAACGGGGUCGCGGCGACCAGCACGCCGUCGCUCGGUCACUUCCUCGUGCGCGGCGGCGCCGCCGUCAACCGGGAAGCCUUCUGCGGGCCGCCCGCCGCUCAGAAAUCGAAAUCGAACUAAGCGACGAGUAGUUACUUCUGCUUCCCCCGUUUUUAGCCCCAACAUGCUCCAGUUCUUUGAGCGAUGAUCUUCCUCGUCCUGUCGUCCAGGCAGAUAAAUUGACAGGAGAAAGUAAUGAACUCGCAGAAUUGUGUCAAUGUAGCAUAGAGAUCAGUGGUUCCUUGUAUUCUUAUCGCACAAAUCUUCUUUGUGAGUUGUGGUGGGUCCAAUGAUUUCUCCCUUCAAACAUAUGGUAAUGCCUGACGUGCCAACGCAUUUGACACAUUUUAAGAGAGAUUUUGGCACUUGCGAUUCUUAUA